AUGGGCCUCUCAGAACUUUGGAAAUACUUCCACCAGGAGCCCGAGUUCCAUGCUCUCCAAACUGAGAGUUAUGAUGUUGAUGAGGGAGAUAAUGAGUCAGAGAAACUGUUACCAAGGAGGAGUCUUGCAAGAAAGUCUGCUCUUCCAACAGCCUGUAUCUCCUUGACGAUUGUAAACGUGUUUAUAUUGAGCAUUACCAUCUUCCUGGUCUUCAUUGCAAGAGGAAACCUCUCAAGGAACGAGAAGAAUGCCGUUCUCAGACCAGUUUCAUGGUGGUCACCGGUCCUCGACGAUAUAGAGAUUCCACGAUAUACCACAAGGCUGAAUGGGACGCUUUUUGCUUUACCAGAGGUCUCGAUUGCUCGUGAGGAGCCCAGUGCUGAAAAUGACGCAGCUUGGGCACAAUAUGAAAAGGUCUUAACACAUGUCGUCACUCGCGAGCAGAUCAUCAAGCUGGGUAAAGACCCCGAGACAGUUGCUCGCUUCGAUGAAGAAUACUGGGACAUGGGAGAUGAUGCGUACAUGGUCCAGCUCGAUGUUAUGCAUGUAAGAGCUCCAGUGUUUUGGGGGGCAGCGGAUAGAAAACUGUAUUUUGUAUUCACUGACUUGGGAAAUGCACAGCAAAUCCAUUGCCUGAACCUACUCCGCAAAGCCGCUUUUGAGGACUACCCCGGCUAUGAGCCCAAGUUAGACGUCAAAGAUAAGAUGUGGUGGAUUCAUCUUGGCCAUUGCACCGAUAUAUUACUCCAAAAUCUUCAAUGCAAUGCUAACACUGAGGUUUUGACACUAACCUGGGUAGAAGACCGCCAGGUUCCUUGGCCAGACUUCAGUGUGAAUCGAAAAUGUCGCGACUUCAAUGCGCUGGUGGACUGGCAACGUGAAAAUGCUGUUGACGCCGACAAAUUCGAUGCAAUGCCUGUUCCUACAAAUGCUUUUGUGUGGCCGGCGCCUUGGAAGAAACAAGAUUACGAACUUGGUAUCAAAUUAGGCGAUCAUCAUCUACAGGAAGGGGAGGAACUCGGGGAUCCACAUAUGCAUCAUAACCAUCAGCUUGAGGAAAAUUGA